AUGCGGGCUAGAAGAAGAAAAACCACCGAGCGUUCCAGCAGCGACAAUGGCCACCACCAAAGCCACCGGGUCCUCCGUGGUUCUCCUCCUCGUCAUGAUUCUUCAGGCCGCGACUUCUGUGCAAGCGGAUUAUUAUAUCGUAUCACCUGCACCACCACCGGUAGCAUCGCCCCAGGCUCCCCUAGCAUCGUCUCCUACACUGGGAGCAUCGCCCCCAACACCGGUAGCAUCGCCACCUGUAGCAUCGCCCCCGGCACCGGGGGCAUCGCCUCCGGCAGCAUCGCCCCAGGUACCGGUAGCAUCGCCUCCGACACAAGGAGCUUCGCCUCCGACACCUGGAGAAUCGCCUCCGACACCUGGAGCAUCGCCUCCGGUAGCAUCACCUCCGACACCCGGAGCAUCGCCACCGGCAGCAUCUCCCCCACCACCGACAUCAUCGCCUUCGACACCGGGAGCAUCGCCUCCGGUAGCAUCGCCACCAACACCGGUUGCAUCGCCUCCGACACCGGGAGCAUCACCUCCGGUAGCAUCGCCCCCAACACCGGUCGCAUCGCCUCCUGUAGCAUCGCCCCCGGCAGCGGGAGCAUCACCUCCGGCAGCAUCGCCCUCGGCACCGGUAGCAUCGCCUCCGACACCGGGAGCUUCGCCUCCGACACCGGGAGCAUCGCCACCGACAGUGGGAGUAUCGCCUCCGGUAGCAUCGCCCCCGACACAGGUAGAAUCGCCUCCGACACCGGGAACAUUGCCACCGGCAGCAUCGCCUUCGACACCGGGAUCAUCGCCUUCGACACCGGGAGUAUCACCUCCGACACCGGGAGUAUCGCCUCCGACACCGGGAGUAUCGUCUCCUGUAGCAUCGCCCCCGACACUGGGAGCAUCGCCUUCUGUAGCAUCGCCUCCGUCAGUGGGAGCAUCGCCUCCGGUAGCAUCGCCCCCGACACUGGGAGCAUCGCCCCCGGCAGCAUCGCCCCCAACACCGGUAGCAUCGCCACCGGCAUCGGGAGCAUCGCCUCCGGCAGCAUCGCCCCCGGUACCGGUAGCAUCGCCUCCGACACCAGGAGCUUCGCCUCCGACACCUGGAGAAUCGCAUCCGACACCUGGAGCAUCGCCUCCGGUAGCAUCACCUCCGACACCGGGAGCAUCGCCACCGGCAGCAUCUCCGCCACCACCGACAUCAUCGCCCUCGACACCGGGAGCAUCGUCUCCGGUAGCAUCGCCACCAACACCGGUUGCAUCGCCUCCGACACCGGGAGCAUCUCCUCCGGUAGCAUCGCCCCCAACACCGGUCGCAUCGCCUCCUGUAGCAUCGCCCCCGGCAGCGGGAGCAUCACCUCCGGCAGCAUCGCCCUCGGCACCGGUAGGAUCGCCUCCGACACCGGGAGCAUCGCCUUCGACAGUGGGAGCAUCGCCUCCGGUAGCAUCGCCCCCGACACAGGUAGAAUCGCCUCCGACACCGGGAGCAUCACCACCGGCAACAUUGCCACCUCCACCGAAAGCAUCGCCUCCGACAUCGGGAUCAUCGCCUUCGACACCGGGAGUAUCACCUCCGACACCUGGAGUAUCGCCUCCUGUAGCAUCGCCCCCGACAUUGGGAGCAUCGCCUCCGGUAGCAUCGCCCCCGACACCGGGAGCAUCGCCUCCGACACCGGGAGCAUCGCCCCCGGCGCCAGUAGCAUCGCCCCCGGCGCCAGUAGCAUCUCCUCCGACACCAAGAACUUCGCCUCCGACACCGGGAGCAUCACCUCCGGUAGCAUCGCCCCCGACACAGGUAGCAUCGCCUCCGACACCGGGAGCAUCGCCACCGGCAGCAUCGCCCCCAACACCGGUAGCAUCGCCCCCUGUAGCAUCGCCCCCGGCAUCGGGAGCAUCGCCUCCGGCAGCAUCGCCCCCGGUACCGGUAGCAUCGCCUCCGACACCAGGAGCUUCGCCUCCGACACCUGGAGAAUCGCCUCCGACACCUGCAGCAUCGCCUCCGGUAGCAUCACCUCCAACACCGGGAGCAUCGCCACCGGCAGCAUCUCCGCCACCACCGGCAGCAUCUCCACCACCACCGACAUCAUCGCCCUCGACACCGGGAGCAUCGCCUCCGGUAGCAUCGCCACCAACACCGGUUGCAUCGCCUCCGACACCGGGAGCAUCUCCUCCGGUAGCAUCGCCCCCGGCAGCGGGAGCAUCACCUCCGGCAGCAUCGCCCUCGGCACCGGUAGCAUCGCCUCCGACACCGGGAGCUUCGCCUCCGACACCGGGAGCAUCGCCUCCGGUAGCAUCGCCCCCUACACAGGUAGAAUCGCCUCCGACACCGGGAGCAUCGCCACCGGCAACAUUGCCACCUCCACCGACAGCAUCGCCUCCGACAUCGGGAUCAUCGCCUUCGACACCGGGAGUAUCACCUCCGACACCUGGAGUAUCGCCUCCUGUAGCAUCGCCCCCGACACUGGGAGCAUCGCCUCCGGUAGCAUCGCCUCCGACACCGGGAGCAUCGCCCCCGGUGCCAGUAGCAUCGCCUCCGACACCAAGAACUUCGCCUCCGACACCGGGAGCAUCACCUCCGGUAGCAUCGCCCCCGACACAGGUAGCAUCACCUCCGACACCGGGAGCAUCGCCACCGGCAGCAUCGCCCCCAACACCGGUAGCAUCGCCACCUGUAGCAUCGCCCCCGGCACCGGGAGCAUCGCCCCCGGUACCGGUAGCAUCGCCUCCGACACCAGGAGCUUCGCCUCCGACACCUGGAGAAUCGCCUCCGACACCUGGAGCAUCGCCUCCGGUAGCAUCACCUCCGACACCGGGAGCAUCGCCACCGGUAGCAUCUCCCCCACCACCGACAUCAUCGCCUUCGACACCGGGAUCAUCACCUCCGACACCGGGAGCAUCGCCUCCGGUAGCAUCUCCCUCGAAACAGGUAGCACCGCCUCCGACAACGGGAGCAUCGCCACCGGCAGCAUCUCCCCCGCCACCGACAUCAUCGCCUCCGGUAGCAUCGCCCCCGGCACCGGUAGCAUCGCCUCCGGUACCAUCGCCCCCGGCACCGGGAGCUUCGCCUCCGACACCGGGAGCAUCGCCUCCGACAUCGGGAGCAUCGCCUCCGGUAGCAUCGCCCCCGACACAUGCAGAAUCGCCUCCGACACCGGGAGCAUCGCCUCCGGUAGCAUCAUCGCCACCUCCACCUGCAGCAUCGCCACCUCCACCUGCAGCAUCACCACCUCCACCGGCAGCAUCUCCCCCACCACCGAAAGCAUCGCCACCUCCACCGGUAGCAUCUCCCCCACCACCGAAAGCAUCGCCACCUCCACCGGUAGCAUCACCACCUCCACCGUUAGCCUCGCCACCUCCACCGGUAGCAUCACCACCUCCACCAAAAACAUCUCCCCCGCCACCGGCAUCAUCGCCACCUCCACCUGCAGCAUCGCCACCUCCACCGGUAGCAUCUCCGCCUCCACCGGUAGCAUCUCCGCCGCCACCGGCACCUUCACCACCUCCACCGGCAUCAUCGCCACCUCCACCCGCAGCAUCGCCACCUCCACUGGCACCAUCUCCCCCGCCACCGAAAGCAUCGCCACCUCCACCGGUAGCAUCUUUCCCGCCACCGAAAGCAUCACCACCUCCACCGAUAGCAUCUCCCCCGCCGCCGGCAGCAUCUCCACCUCCACCUGUAAGGUCACCACCUCCACCAGUAGCAUCUCCCCCGCCACCUUCAGCAUCGCCACCUCCACCGGUAGCAUCUCCACCGCCACCGGCUGCAUCGCCACCUCCACCGGCCGCAUCGCCCCCGCCACCGGCAGCUUCACCACCUCCACCGGCAUCAUCGCCACCUCCACCUGCAGCAUCGCCACCUCCACCGGCAGCAUCUCCCCCGCCACCGAAAGCAUCGCCACCUCCAACGGUAGCAUCUCCCCCACCACCGGCAGCAUCUCCACCGCCAUUGGCAGCAUCGCCACCUCCACAUGCAGCAUCACCACCUCCACCGGUAUCAUCUCCCCCACCACGGGCAGCAUCGCCACCUCCACUAGUAGCAUUGCCACCGCCAUGGGCAAUAUGGCCUCCUCCACGGGCAGUAUCGCCACCUCCACCGGUCGGUGGCUUCGGGCAGUGCACGCUGGGAGAUAUAGCUACAUUUGGAGUGUGCAUCGACAUCAGCCUAGGAAGGAUGGGCAUGGUCGGUAGAGAGCUCUGCUGCCGACAGAUCCGUGGGAAGCCGGUUGUCAAUGCCGCGACUUGCCUUUGCAACACCUUCUUGCAGUUCAAUGCUCGUGCCAACAUCGAUGUCGCCAACAAGGUCAAUGUUAUCCUCGAAAUCUGCGGGAA